GUGUUGCUGCCAGCAAAGCUAUAGCCGUACGCGCUCCGUCUACAGUGUUUCUGUAGCUAACACAAGAUAGUGCUGUACCGUGCCACAGUAGUGUGUGUGUGUGAUGGGUGCUGUGCAGUGAUAGUGUGUGCAUACCAGUCAUGGAUAACCACUAGGAUACACCCUGUAAGAGAGGUGGACGCUAUGGUGUCGGUGUCUACGUGAUGGCGGUCGCAGGAGGCAGGAUGCGACCCAGGCGGUGGUGGAGGACCGAGUGGCCGCUGCUGGUGCUACUGGUCCUCGGGUGCGACGCCGAGCACGUCAGAGACCUGGAGGUGUCCGAGGGAGCGCCCGUGGGGACCAGGGUGGGCUUCAUCGGGGACGGCUCCUCCAGUGACAGCGGACCGCCCUACCUGAUAGUGCCGGUGCCCGGGAGUGCGGUAGACACGGAACUGAGUAUAGAGCAGAACACGGGAGAGAUCAGGACUAAGGUGCCGCUGGACAGAGAGACCCGUGCGUCCUACUCUUUGGUAGCGAUCCCGCUCAGUGGUGAGAACGUGCGAGUGGUAGUGCGAGUGCUAGACGAGAACGACAACGCGCCGACGUUCCCGAGCCCCGUCAUGAGUAUAGAGUUCCCCGAGAAUACGCCGCGAGACGUGAAAAGGACGUUAAACCCCGCGAGAGACCUGGACCUCGGUAUAUACAACACGCAAAGGUAUAACAUAGUGUCGGGUAACGUCAACAACGCGUUUCGUCUGUCGUCGCAUCGGGAGCGCGACGGAGUGCUGUACCUGGACCUGCAGAUCAAUGGGUUCCUGGAUAGAGAGACUACAGCGGGCUACAGUCUUGUGAUAGAAGCGUUGGAUGGAGGAAGUCCACCACUGAAAGGCCAAAUGACUGUCAACAUUACCAUCCAGGACGUGAACGACAACCAGCCCAUCUUCAACCAGAGCAGGUAUUUCGCCACGGUCCCCGAGAACGCGACAGUCGGAACGUCGAUCCUGCAAGUUCACGCUACAGACGCGGACGCCAGUGAGAACGGUGAAGUCGAGUAUUCCAUCAACAGGAGACAAAGUGAUAGAGAAGGGAUGUUCAAGAUCGACUCCAAAACGGGAAUGGUCACUGUAAACAAACCGUUGGAUUUUGAAACGAAAGAAGUGCACGAGCUCGUCGUGGUAGCCAAAGACCACGGGGUACAACCAUUAGAAACCACCGCUUUCGUAUCGAUCAGGGUGACCGACGUGAACGACAACCAACCCACGAUAAACGUCAUCUUCCUCAGUGACGACGCUACACCAAAGAUUUCUGAAAUGGCUCAACCGGGCGAGUUCGUGGCUAGGAUAUCGGUGAACGACCCGGACUCGAAGACGGAGUACUCCAACGUAAACGUGACCCUGGAGGGAGGGGAGGGGCACUUCGGGUUGGCGACACAGGACAACAUCAUCUACCUCGUGAUAGUGUCUCUCCCCAUAGACAGAGAACAGAGGCCCAACUACACACUCAGCGUCAUAGCCACGGACACGGGAACACCGCCUCUACACGCGUCGCGAACAUUCCACCUGCGGGUCACGGACAUCAACGACAACGCCCCACAGUUUGAGGAGGCCGUGUACUACGCUAACGUGUUGGAAGUGGCGGACCCCGGUACCUCGGUGUUUCAGAUCAAAGCUGUAGAUAUCGACGAAGGGGAAAACUCCGUUCUGACCUACUCUAUUCAGGAGAACACAGAGGUCCAUUCGUCGUGGUUCCAGAUAGAUCCGCGGUCUGGACUGAUCACGACAAAGUCGCACAUUGAUUGUGAGACUGACCCGGUGCCUCAACUGACGGUGGUGGCGACGGACAGUGGGGAUCCGCCCCUCUCGUCCUCCGCGACUGUGCUAGUGACCAUCCACGAUGUCAACGACAAUGAGCCCAUCUUCGACCAGACCUUCUACAACAUCACCCUUCCGGAGAACGAGAGCAAAGGACACUGUGUGCUCAAGAUCUCAGCGACUGACCCAGACUGCGGAGUCAAUGCGAUGGUCAACUACACGCUGGCAGAGGGCUACGCUCGAUCGGCACUGUUCGAGGUGAAGAGUGUCAGCGGAGAAGUCUGCAUUUUUGGAGAUCUGGACUACGAAACCCGCAGCGCCUUUGAGUUUCCCGUCAUUGCAACUGAUAGAGGAGGCCUCAGUACCACAGCUAUGGUGAAGAUACAACUGACCGACGUCAACGACAACUGGCCCACCUUCUACCCUCGCGAGUACAACGUCUCUCUCAGGUCCGGGACUUCGCCCUCCGGGAGUGUCGCCGUCGUGGUCUCCGCCACCGACAGAGACUCCGGUCGUUUCGGCGCCGUCACCUACCAGAUCGUCUCGGGUAACGAAGGCAACCUUUUCCGCAUCGACCGUGUCACCGGAGAGGUCUAUAUCAACCAGCCGAGUCUAUCCGCGAGGGUGUACCGACUGAACGUGUCUGCCACGGACGGCGCUGGGUUGAGGGCUCGGGAGGACGCGGAGGUGCUGGUGACGGUCAGCGAGAAAGGGCCCUUCUUCGAGAGGACGAGGUACAACUUCAACGUCCGAGAGGAUGCCCCCCGCAACACCAUGGUUGGAGCCGUCAAAGUCGUCACUGAAGGCUACCGUUCCCUGGUGAAAUACUCCAUCGUUGACGGGGAUGCCGACGGUUACUUCUCCAUCGACCCUGGCUCCGGAGCAAUCAGGACUUCCUCCCCCUUGGACCACGAAGCUCACACGUUCGUCCUCAUCACUGUACAAGCUGCCACAGAACAAUCUCCUGCCGCAUACACCCAGGUCAAAAUAGUGAUCGACGACGUCAACGAUAACGGCCCGGAAUUCGACUCCACGACGGUGCGACUGUCUGUUCCGGAGAACGCUCAAGUAGGAGUCCCUCUCUACGCAGCUCAAGCUCGCGACAGCGACUCCUCACGCAACGGCCUGGUCAGGUACCGUCUGGUGUCAGCGUCCUCCGGCGACGCCCGUCUGUUCGCCAUCGAGCCUCGCCUUGGGCACUUGACCUUGGCUCGUCAGCUGGACUACGAGACCGCUCAGAGACACAGCCUGGUUGUCUCGGCGACGGACGCGGGUGAACCCCCAUUGACUGCGAACCUGACUGUGCUGCUGGAAGUGCAGGAUGUGAACGACAACCCGCCGGUGUUCGAGAGAACGGAGUACGUUGUUACAGUGUCGGAAAGUCUCCCGGUCAACUCACAGGUGGUGCAGGUGACCGCCGUGGACCUCGACACCGGCAACAACGCCAGGCUCACCUACCGUCUGCUCGACACGAACCACGCGUUUGGCAUCUUCCCCAACAGCGGCUGGUUGUAUCUGCGACAUCCACUGGACCGUGAAGUCAAGGAUCGGUACUCGCUGCGUGUCGCCGCCACCGACAACGGCACGCCCGCGGGUACAGCGACCGCCGUCGUCGUCGUGUCCGUCAGCGACGCUAACGACAACGACCCGGCCUUCGCCCAGGACGCUUACCAGUUCGGGGUCGAAGAGAAUCUGCCUCGCGGAGCUCCUGUCGGCGUGAUCCGCGCCUCUGACCGCGACCUGGGAACCAACGGAGCCAUCAGGUUCAGCCUCAUACCCAGCAACUCCAGCUUCCAGAUCAACCCUGUAACCGGUGAGAUCUUCACACGAGAACCACUUGACAGAGAGACCAAGAGUGAGUAUGAGUUGGUUGCCGAGGCGAGAGACCAAGGAACUCCUCCUCGGAGUGCUCGGGUCGCGGUCCGUGUGACGGUGACCGAUGUCAAUGACAACGCUCCCGACAUCGUGGACCCUCAGGAGGAUGUGAUCAGUGUCCGAGAGGAGCAGCCUCCAGGCACAGAGGUCGUCAGAGUGCGCGCCGUGGACAGAGAUCAAGGGUACAACGCAUCCGUCACAUACUCCAUCGUCAAAGGAGGAGACACGGACGGACAUGGAGUGUUCACGGUGGAUCAGGUCAGUGGUCUCAUCAGGACCAGGACAGUGUUGGACCAUGAGGAGCGUGCGAUCUACCGCCUGGCAGUGGCGGCCCGGGACAGCGGGUCUCCGCCCAAGGAAACUGUCAGAGUUCUGCGGGUGGAAGUAUUGGAUCUCAACGACAACCGACCGACGUUCACGAGCUCCAGCCUAGUGUUCAAGAUCAGAGAGGACGUGCCCGUGGGCUACGUGGUGGGUAACGUGGUGACGUCAGACUCGUCGGACGGUGACAACCUGGUGUCAGGACGUGCGGGAGGCGGUCACGUCAUGUACACACUCACGUCCAUGUCGCCUCUAGACAGCGACGGUGCUUUCGACAUGGACCGCAGCACGGGAUCGCUGGUCGUGGCGAGACAGUUGGAUAGAGAGAAGCAGCCAGAGUACAAGUUGGAGGUCCGAGCCUUGGACACGAGCACCAGCAACAAUCCCCAGAGCAGCGCCGUCGUCGUCCGCGUGGAGUUAUCAGACAUCAACGACAACGCGCCCAAGUGGGAGAAGGACCUGAUGACCAUAGAGGUGGCGGAAAAUGCUGCCGUCGGGUCUGCUGUCUGGAACUUCAGCGCGAGUGACGCGGACGCCGGUUUUAACGGUGAGCUGAGGUACAGCCUGGUGGACGUGUGGCCUCAAACGUCAGAGCCUCAAUUCUCCGUCGACGCUCUUACAGGGACCCUGACUCUGAUGGCUCCUCUGGAUUUCGAACUGAUAGAAGUCUUCACCCUCGUCGUCCGAGUGACGGACCAAGCCUCGAACGUCUCGGAUAGACUGAGCUCUUCUUUGACUGUCCGUAUAGUCAUCAAAGACGUCAACGAUAACGCCCCCGUGUUCGUGUCGCCGGCCACCAAGACCGUCACUGUAAUGGAGGACUCAAAGGUUGGCUACUCGCUUUGUCAAAUCACCGCGGUAGACAAGGACUCUGGAGAGAACGCCAGAAUAACGUACACAAUCUCUGCUGGCAAUGAAGAUGGAAAGUUUACACUCGGAUAUAACACCGGUGUUUUGACCUUGGCGAGAUCUUUAGAUGUCUCGUCAGCCAACGGACUUUUACCAAAAUACCACCUGAACAUCACUGCUAGUGACCACGGGAGUCCCACGGCGAAGAAGAACACUCUGUCGUUGACUUUGCUGGUUCACGGGUCUACGGAAACUCCACCGAAGUUCAUUAGCGCCACUUACCAUGCCCACAUACCGGAGGACGCAGCCAUCGGGAGUGUCGUCAUCAAAGUGGCUGCCGGAACAGGUCAGGAGAGUGGCACGAAGUCUGGGAACCUGAGCUUCCACAUGCCGCGUGGAGUAGCGGACAACAGGUUCUCCGUGGACCCGCAGAGAGGCACCGUGACUCUCGCCGCGCCCUUGGACCGAGAGACCAGAGACCACUACGUGUUCCCCGUGUAUGUGAUGGACAAGCUGUACUACGACGUGGCGACCAUCUCCAUCCGCGUGACUGACGUCAACGACCACGCGCCGGAGUUCCGACCUGGAGCGUGUUAUCCUCUCAGUGUCCCGGAGAAUAGUGACUUGGCUGUCGUUCACACCUUGACGGCUACUGACGCAGACGCCGGGGCAAACGGGGAGAUCACCUACAGCAUUACUGCCGGGAACAUCGGUAACAAGUUCAGCAUAGACCUCCACACGGGAGAGUUGAGCGCCCGUCCUCUAGACAGGGAGAGCCAGCCACGUUACCAGCUGGUGAUCACCGCGCAGGACCGCGGGAGUCCCAGUCCUCUCAGCGGCUCGUGUAACAUCACAGUCACCGUGGAGGACCAGAACGACAACGAUCCGAGGUUCUCCAAGCUGCGGUAUACGGCGACCAUCCCAGAGGACAUAGAGGUCGGCAGCACAGUGCUGACGGUGAAGGCUGCAGACGCUGACCUUGGAGUCAACGCAAAGCUGGUGUACUCUCUGGCCAACGAGAGUCAGUGGCUGUUCCAUAUCGACAAUAGGACCGGGGUCAUCACUACGGCUGGGGUGUUUGAUCUUGAGCGCCAGAGUGUCUAUGAGUUCCAAGUGGUUGCGACGGACGGAGGGAGGUACGAUGCUCGGUCACAGAAGGUUCCCGUGCAGAUCACCAUAGGGGAUGUAAACGACAACAAGCCAGUGUUUGCACAAUAUCCCUUCACAGCUGAAGUCCCUGCGUACACUCAGCCCGGCCACGAGAUCUUGCACAUCACGGCUGUAGACAACGACGAAGGCACCAACGCAGACAUCGUCUUCAGCUUCAUCAACGAGCCUGCGAUGAACAAGUUCCGCAUCAACCCGAACUCUGGCUCCGUCACGGCAGCUUCCAGCCUUGCAAUGGAGUCUGGGAAACUGUUCCACUUGGAGGUCUUGGCCACGGACAAGGGCAAUCCUCCGCAGAGCGCAACGGGUCUGAUAGAGAUCAAAGUCGGAGAGAGUUCGGAGAACACCCAAGUCCUCAGGUUCCAGAAUUCCACCUAUGUUGUGCACAUGGCUGAGAACUCUCCUGUAGGGAAAGAAGUCCUUCAGGUCUCAGCGGUAAGAAGCGACGGUCGGCGGCAAAGAAUCACCUACAGCUUGGGUUCAGGAAAUGAAAAUGGUGCGUUUGAGAUAACAAUGUCUGGAGUGAUUAGAGUGCGCGACUCCACCAGUUUGGAUUUUGAAGAUACUCCGCAGAUGAAGCUGGUGGUGGUAGCACAAGGGGAGGGUUCUACGGGUCCUCCACUGUACGGAUAUGCCCAAGUGUUGAUCAACUUGAUAGACCAGAACGACAACACACCAAAGUUUACUCAGCAACAAUACUCAGCUGUCGUGUGGGAAGGAAACAACAAAGGAACUUUUGUGAUGCAGGUAUCCGCCACCGACAUGGAUCAGGGAGCAAACGCUAGGUUGCUUUACCACAUUGUAGAUGGUAACCACGACAACGCCUUUGUCAUCGAGCCUCCGUUCUCUGGACUUGUGAAGACUAACAUAGUGUUGGACCGGGAGAUCAGGGACAUGUACCGCUUGACUGUGAUAGCCACUGACGAAGGAAUGCCACAACUCACCGGAACUUCCACAAUUCGGAUCAGCAUUGUCGACGUCAAUGACAACCAACCGACAUUUCCUCCUCACAGUGUCAUCAGCAUCAGCGAAGGGAAAGAAGUUGGUAGUGUGAUCACAACAGUGUCGGCCAAUGAUGUGGACACAAACCCCUCCCUGACCUACAGUUUGCAGGAAGAUCCGAAGCUGGAAGGAGUGUUCAGCAUCGACAGGUUCAGCGGAAAGGUGAUCCUCGGCAAACGACUGGACUUUGAGACCAGACAGGAAUAUAGGCUAAAGAUAACAGCUUCCGACACUGCCCACACUGCGGAAACUGUGUUGACUGUCAAAGUGACGGACGACAACGACAAUGCUCCUGUCUUCAGCCAAACCUCCUACAAAACUAAUCUUUUGGAUUCUAUGGAGAUGGGUUCGAUAGUUCUAACGGUGAAUGCGACCGACAAAGACUCAGGAGUGAACGCAGACAUCCGUUACUCGCUUCUGAGUCCGGUUCGAGGGCUCUCCAUAGACGAGCAUAGCGGAGCAAUCCAGGUGAACCGCAGUGCUGUGGUUCCUACCAAUCCCGGCGACCAGGUUGUGGAUCUUAUUGUGGUUGCUACCGACACCGGCACACCUCCCCUCACAGCCACAGCCGCCUUAAGAUUGCACAUCAACAAUGCUGGCAACGGCAACAUCUUCGGACAUGACGAGUUCAGGAUCAUGGUGAAUGAAAAGGCUGAGAAAGGCAGCAGUUUGCUGAAGAUGGGCAACACUGGAAUAAGAGAGUUCAUGACAAACCCUCAAUACACCAUCAUAGACGGUGAUCCGGACAACGCUUUCCAGAUGCUCAGUCCUCAAGGGGAGCUCCUACUGCUGAAGGAUCUAGACCGAGAGAAUAAGGAUUUGUACAUGCUGAAAGUCACCUCAAACCCUCUUGCAGACAACUCUUCAGCCAUUCACAUCCACGUCAUGGUUGAAGAUGCCAACGAUAACGCACCAAAGUUUGUCAACCUAGAACCCAAUGUCUACGUAUCAGAAGGUGUCUCUAUUGGACAUUCCAUUGUGCAACUGAUUGCUAAUGAUGCUGAUCUACCUCCGAACUCUGAUCUCCGCUACGACAUAAUAUCUGGAAACGAUGAAGAUCUCUUCGACGUCGACCUUGUCAGUGGGAUUGUCACUGUGAAGAAACAUCUUGACUUUGACGUCGGCCCCUCGGAAUACUCCUUGGUUGUCAGAGCCACAGAUCUCGCCAAAUCACCAGAAAUUCCUCUUUCAACCGUAGAGACAAUCAAAAUAAUUUUACAAGACGAGAAUGACAACACCCCACAUUUUCCUGUGUCAGAAUAUCUUGAGUUUGUUGGUGAAAAUGAAGCUGUCGGAACACCAGUAUUCAUAGCUAGAGCUACAGAUAUAGACAGAGGAGCGUACGGCCAGUUGAACUAUUCCAUCGUUUCUGCUGCUGCAUCAGGUUUCACUGACAUCGAAGAUUCUUGGAAACUAUUCCGUGUUGACCCUGUUUCAGGUCUAAUAGUGACCAAUGCUGUAUUUGAUUACGAGAGUAGGAAUCGGUAUGCCUUUACUCUGACCACAAGUGAUAUUGGAGGUAGAACUGCAAGAGUAAGAGUUAGAAUAGAAAUUGAAAGCAGAGAUGAAUUCCAUCCUCAAUUUACAGAAAGGACAUACAGAUUUGUGCUUGGAGGAAACGAUCUACCAGUUGGCUAUGUUGUAGGUCACGUGACUGCUACUGACAGAGAUAAAGGGCCAGAUGGAAGAAUAGUUUAUCAAUUGACAUCACAGAACCCGUAUUUCAAAAUCAACAGAACUACAGGAGUACUGAUGGUAAAGAAGAAGUUUGAUUCAGGUUUUGAUAUAAAACAAGACGUGAGUUUAGUGGUAACAGCAAGUUCUGGAAGACAAGGUUCGCUCACUAAUAUGAGUGUUGUUGAGAUCUCGUUCGACCCACUCGCUGACACAGAAUCCAACAUCAUUGUAACUGGGAGCGGAAAUGACGCGGCUUUGGCAGCAACCAGUAGUGGAAUAGCUGACUGGGCCAUGGGUUUGUUGAUUGCUUUGAUACUGAUAGUUCUUGCAUUUGGUGCUGUUUUCCUAUUCCUACAUGUCCGAAAUAGACGACAUAAAAAAGUUAACAAACCGGGGCUGAGUGGUGGACAAAGUACUGACACUUUUGUUGAUCCUAGUGCUUUCGAUACAAUUCCUAUUCGAGGUGGUGUGGCUGGACCUGCUAGUCAAUUCGGACCUCCUAAAUAUGAUGAAAUACCAACAUACAGAAAUAAUAACACAAGCAGUUCAAACUCAGGUGCUGCAACAACAUCUGAACUAUCCGGAUCAGAGCAAUCGGGCUCCAGUGGAAGAGGGUCUGCCGAGGACGGUGAAGAUGUUGAAGAUGAAGAGAUUCGUAUGAUCAAUGAGGGACCCUUACAACGAGAAUCAGGCUUGCACAGAAAUCCUGAUGAUGAAGACAACCUUUCUGACGUAUCUGUACACAAUACACAAGAAUACCUCGCUCGAUUAGGAAUUGUAGACACUCAAGGAACAUCAUCAGCGUCCAGAAGACACUCAGAAAGUCUCGUAGCUGGAAGUAGCAAAGACGGGCUGAUGCAUCACCAAGGUGUUCCGAUAGACGGUCUCCACAUGUUUGAUGAAGAUGCCGGAGGAGAAAACGACAUCACUAACCUAAUUUAUGCUAAGUUGAACGAUGUCAGUGGGAGUGAGAGAGGCAGCAGUACGGAAGAAGUCGGAGGAGGAAGUACGGGCGCGUUGGGUGCUGCGGUGGAUCAUGUGAUGGUCCUGGGAGGUUUCGGAGAUGUUCCUAAUGGCACUCACCAACCUUCCAUGACAGGGUCGUUGAGCUCGAUUGUACAUAGUGAAGAAGAGCUCACAGGGAGCUAUAACUGGGAUUACCUACUCGACUGGGGACCCCAAUACCAACCUUUAGCGCACGUCUUCUCUGAAAUAGCCAGGUUAAAAGAUGACGCGGCCUCAGUGAAGAGUGGCAACAGUGGUGCGUCCAGUGGAAAGAGCAAGACCUGUGCCCCGCCUGUAGUUAAGACUGUUCCCCCGCCUCUGUUGACCUCAGUAGCUCCUCGGUCAAUAGCGGCACCCGUGCUGUCAGCACGCAACCCCCACCACAGCUCCGUGGCGCCCCCGCAGAUGCUGUUACUACCCAGGUCCCCCAUCAGUCAUGAUGCCAGUGGGGGUGGUUUUAGUACGUCGACAGCCAUGUCUCCCAGUUUUUCCCCUUCCCUUUCCCCCCUGGCGACAAGGUCUCCUUCAAUAUCCCCCCUCGUCACGCCCGGAGUGCCUACCUCACACCAUGUCCGACAAAGGACAACGGAUUCAGAACUCAGGAUCUAAUGACCCUCCAAAGCGUAUUUAUUUUGGACCGAUCAAGUGAAUCGCUCGAAGAUAGUUCUUAAAUGGUUAUUUAAUCCUAAUGAUAACAAACUUCCUGAAAAUUGUGUUAGUCUUACCAGCCAUGUGUUACCAACCAAGUUGUUAAAAAUCAAUGUAGAUUUCUUUGAAGAACUAAUUGAGGAUACACUCGGUCGGUCAGUUAAAGAGUUUUAAAUAAAUUUAAAUUAUUUAAAUACCUUCUGACAAAAUACGUACUUUGUAAAUUAAACAAGUUUUUCCCAAAAAUCAAAACUGUAAUUUUUUAUGUAAGAUUUAUUUAUAAACUCGACCUUAGCAAUAGGAAGCGCGAAAAGUGACUGAGUGCAAAGUGUGUCUUGGACUUUGUUAGAAGACAAGUGAAAUACUGUAGAUAAAAAUUACUUGGAACGCUAAUAUACUUGACUGUAUAUCAAAUUCUCUCGAAGAGUUCGUGUAAAUAAUCGUCGUAAAUCGUACAAACUAGUGUUCUGUUUAACUUGAAUAUAAUUAUUUACGAAUCGUAUAUAAAACGUGAAUAAGUGUAAGACUCGAUGUAAAUAUGUUUAAUGUAAUCAAAACUUAUAUUGUUCCAAAAUAAAACCCACGACAACGUAUACGUUAGUUAAUAUUAUGAACUUCUCAAACUGUGAUCUUGCCAUUUAGUGUUGUCUUAGCAUGGGGUGAUUAAAUAGAAUUUUAAUAUAAUUUGUAAAUAGUUAACAAAUAAAAAGUAUCCAUGCUUAGUAAUACUAAUGGAAGAACUACAAUUUUAGUGCUCAAUUGCUUGCCAUGUACUACUGUUAAAUAAAAUGAAACAUGAUCAAAUUUUGUGGACAUAUGACUCUCUUAAUUGUUGCCAUUAAAUGUUUCUUGGUCUUAACAAUGGCACGUUUGGGUUUUUAAUGGUUAAAAAAAGAUUAUUUAACUAAAAUUAAAUAAAUGAGAAAAUUGUUCAUUGUUAUGCUUAACAUUUUAAAUUAACAAACUCACAAUACCUAAAAAUAGAUAGUCAAAAAUGUUUAUGGUAAAAAGUUUGUAUUUUAAAAUUUCUAAGACAUCAAUUAUAAACAGUUUUUCUUUUUUUCUGUUAAAAUCAUUUUCCUAAAACUUAAAAACAAAAGUUCCCCGAACAACUUUAAAAACACUUAAAUUCAAUGUCAUUUGAUGAGGAAUUAUUACAUCAAUUGUAUUACCACAAUUUAUUUUAUUUAAAUAACUGACUUUUAUUAAAUUAACGCUAUUGAGGUUGCUUUGGUUAUAAACUUGAUUUAACGAAUUAGCAAUAAAAAGUUAUUGAAUGAAGAAUUAACCAUCCAAACUAAGAAAAGCCGGUGUUUCCUUUAAGACCAAGAAUAAACAAAUAUAACCAGCGAUUGUUCAAAUAAAGUGCCAUUUAAUCAAUCAUUUACUUAGAAUUAUAAAGUUAUUGUGUAAUUUUUUAACUUAAGUGUUUUUUUUAUAAAAUUAUACGAAAGUAAUGUUUUUUUAUAAAUUAAAACACACAUAGAUUGCCAUGGAUCUUAGCCAUAAUGAAAAAGCAGGUUAUCUGUUAUUGCCCCAUAAUCAUUAUGUAUUUUAUAUAAAUUGUAAUUUGUAAAGUUUGUACAAAUAUAAUUACUGUUUAUAUUUACUGUUUUAUAG